CUAAAUUAAUCCGUGUGUGAAAAACGUCAAAGAAUACAUUUAGUUUCGGCUGCUUCCUGGACGGACUUGGUGGCUUAAUAAUACGACCUGUCAUAGAUUCCAGGUCGAUCCGAUAAGUGGUAUGAGAAGCAAAACGACAUCCUUGCUAACUUCAGCAUUUGGAUUAGUGGCCUUUGUGCUGCCAGCAGUCCAGAUGACUCAAAUCUUUGUUUAUGGGACCCUGAAGAAGGGACAGCCCAAUUACUCCAGGAUGUUGGACCCUGUCAACGGGAAGGCUUCAUUCUGUGGGCGAGCCAGCACCAUUGACAAGUUCCCUCUGGUCAUCGCUGGCAAGUACAACAUCCCGUUUCUCUUAAACAUUCCUGGAGAGGGUCAGAACGUCCAGGGGGAGGUAUACUCCGUUGAUGACCAGAUGCUGGCAUUCUUGGACCGUUUUGAGAGCAUCCCCCACAUGUACCAGCGCACCUUGGUGAAACUGAAGGUGGAGGAGUGGGUAGAUGGGGCUGGCUGUGCCCAGACUCCAGGGAGCACGAUGGAGGCCUUUGUGUACAGCACCACCACCUACCAGCCAGAGUGGGUGAAGCUGCCGAGUUAUGAGAACUACGACGCAUAUGGCGAUCAUGGUUUAGAGUAUGUUUUUCGUGAAGCCAGGGAUGAUUAGAGCCUGACACUGUCUCACAAGGCAGUUGAUCCAGAAACUGAUCAUCUCCAGUAGUAGACAAAGUAGUUCACUUAAAAUGGACAGAGGGGAAAGCACUUAAAUAUCAGGGUCUUAUAUCGGUUUAAGGAGUGUCUGGUUUAAAAUCAGGUUUAUACAUCUACUGUUUUCUCUAAAUGUAUGUGGCAAACCUUUACUUUAGUGGUAUGGUUUGGGCAACUUCUGCUAAUGUAGGCCAGUAAGGCCAGUAUGAGUAUACAGUUAAGCAAUUUCCCAAAGCACUUUUUAAAAUCGAUCAAUGUGUAAUGAAGCCAUGCCCUGCAAAACAUCAUUGUGUCCAAUUUUUAAGUUGUUUGAUUCGUUUUUGUCUUGUUAAGUGAAAAUCACACGAUCACAAAUAUAAAUAAUAUUUAUAAAAUAUUUAGGAGGCAUUCUUAUGUGUGUUACUGAGCUGGUACUGUAUCUCAGGGUAGGAUCAAUGGGCAUUCGAGCCCUUGUUUGGGUCCAGAUAUUUUCUACUUCAGGAAUGAUUUCAUUCUCAGUCAUCCUGUCAAUCACUCAGUGUACUGGUCACCACUGCGUACUCCUAACUGUCCUGUUCUGUUUCAGAGAUUUGAAUUGACAGGCAUCAAUAACACUCCAUGUAAUAUUUCAAAAUUCAUUAACUAAGCUGAUCUCCAGGAAUUGUAAUGUGGUCUUGUUAUACCUCUGGCUGUCAUGAGUAGGUAGAUUUGACGUCACAUAGAAUAACAUUAUGUCUAUUGGUUACUGCUGCUCUCAUUGUUUGUGUGGACCAUCAGAAAAACUAAGCAUAUUUACAGCAGAUUAAUUCAUUGGACUAACAGCUUUUGAUUUUUUAUAUUCUACCUAGCUCUUGGUAGUUCAUUUUUUUGAAGAGGCAUUUUACUUGGUUGUCUUUGUGUCAAAGAAAUGUGUGAUUUUAUGAAGGCAAUGCUCCCAGAACAAGUCAUUAAUAAUAAUUGUAAUACAAGUGGUAUAGUAAUAAAGUUGUUGAAAUAAAGGCAUUUAUUGAGAAA